AUGGACAAACACGACACAUGGACGUGUGUCCUCGUUCCGAGCUCAGACCGGAACAGCGUCCCAGGGCUCAUCCUGCGGAGCAUCCCAGCACCAACCUCCCAGAGUGGCUCUUCAGCUAGCUCUGACCCUGCCUCUCCACCUGGCUCUCCACCUGGCUCUCCACCUGGCUCUUCAGCCGGCUCUUCAUCUGGCUCUUCAUCUGGCUCUUCAUCUGGCAGUGACUCUGGCUCUCCACUGGGAAAAAAGAUGGACCGAGGCUACACGUGGACAGAUGUCCUCAUUCCUGUCCCCAACCGGCCCAGCAGCCCACGGCUCAUCCUGCGGAGGAUCUCAGCACCAACCUCUGGGAGUGGCUCUUCACCUGGCAGUGACACUGGCUCUCCACCUGGCUAUCCACCUGGCUCUCUGACUGGCUCUCCACCUGUCUGUCACCCUGCCUCUCCACCUGGCACUGACCCUAAGUCUUCCCGUAGACCAUCCCCUCGCUCUUCCUCUCACUCUACUUCUAGCUCCUCCUCUAGCUCUUCCUCUAGCUCCUCCACCUCAACCUGCAGAUUGUUGCAGACAGCUGCAGCCAAACCUCCACCUACAGCCUCUGCUAGCAACCUGCAGCUGCCGCCUCCACCUGCAGAAUCUGGCAGACAGCUGAGGCUAAACCUCCACCUUCAACCUCUGCCAGCAACCUGCACCUCCACCUGCAGAUUGUGGCAGACAGCUGAGGCCAAACCUCCACCUUCAACCUCUGCCAGCAACCUGCAGCUGCCACCUCCACCUGCAGAUUCUGACAGACAGCUACAGCCAAACCUCCAUCUACAGCCUCUGAAAUUGGGAAAAAAAAUUGGGAAAAAGCUACAAAAACAGCUUAAUCAGUUGCAGACUGGCCUGCUAGAGGCUAGUGGCAUUUAAUCCAAACAGAAGAACCUGGAGAUAAACCCACCAACCCUGGAUUUAAACUAAACUACGGCCGUUCACUUCAUACGGCUGAAGAAGGUCAGUACAAGUAUCUGACGUGAAGAAAGUGACUUAGAAUAGUCUGUAAUAUAGAGACAGAGAAAGUAAUGUAUGUUAUCGUGUGUUGUCCAUAAAGUAUUCCUCAGUCAAUAAUUCAAAGAUGAAUUAUCAUACUGUCAUGAUUUCACCUUGGCAGCCUAGUUUCCUUGUGUUUCCUCUGUUUCCCUGCCCUUUUGUCUCCUGUGUGUUUUUCCCUGUUUUGUCUAGUCUGUCAGUGUGUUGGGAGGUGUGGCCUUCCUCCUCCUCCUCCUUCUCCUGGGCAGGCACUGCUGGAGCAGCUGACAGCAAUUAACAUAUCAUCACCCACACCUGCAGUAUAUAUACCCCGGUCUUCCUGCCAGUCAUCGCCAGAUCGUUCCGUCGCCCACAGUGGAACAUGACGUAUUCAGGCUCUCCGUGUAUUUUGCUUCUUGACUUUGCUCGUGCUCGUUUUUGGAUUUUUGGAUUCACCCUGUUUUGUUCUCUGUUCAGGUCUGUUCACCUGUCAGCUGUUGCUGCUUCCUGGUUCCAACCUGCCUGCUCACUCCUACACGCUGCUCCUCCUCGACCUGGAUCCUUACCUUAGUUACUCACCUGCCUAUUCACUCUCCGACGCCUUUCCACCUCUCGGAGCUAAAGUGGAUUCAUCUGUUCCUCUGGAAGGAUUCCUGGACACCCCCUCCCCGUGCCCCCCGUUCCGUGAAAUAGUAUUGACUUUAUUACUGCCACGUUUUGGACCUCCAGGAACCCCAGCCCU